AUGGAGAAGAAAAGGAUGUGUUUGACAUUUCUGCUUAUGACAACUGCAUUGUUGUUCUGCAUGGCUAAGGUAUCAUGUGCUGAUUCUAGUGUCCACAUGCAAGACCAAUUAACUGAUUUUGAGGUGGUAAAAAGACCUAAUAGAAGGCUUUUGUUAUUUGUAGACUGUAGAACAAGGUGCAAUGCGAGGUGUAGUAAGCAUUCAAGGAAAAAUGUUUGUUUGAGAGCUUGUGGAACAUGUUGUUUGAGAUGCAAUUGUGUUCCUCCAGGUACUUAUGGUAACAGACAAUUGUGUGGGAAGUGUUACACUGAUAUGACUACUCACGGAAACAAGCCCAAGUGCCCCUAG